AUGCGGGACGAGACCGCCACUCACAGAGUCGACAGGAGAAGGAACAAGGGAGGGGAACCGUGGGAGGGGAAGUUACCAUCACAGGUGAAGAAGACCACAGGGACGUCGAAGGCGACAGAGGCGCAGAGACGGAAACAGGAGCAGAAGCCGGCGGAACUGAAGAGACAGACUGCACCACGGAAGCACCCAAAUGUCGAUGCACCUCCGCAUCCACUGAUGGUCGAAGGCGCGAAUCAGGGGCCCCUAGGUCCGCAGAGCGCACCGGGAGGGCAGACAGAUCAGGGCCAGACGGAGCAGCCGCUGGAACCACCGCAGGAACCACACCAGGCACCUCCACAGGGCGAGAACCCACCGGGGAAUCCCCACGUACAGACAAGUGGGGAAAGUCAGCCUCCACGAAGACCAAAGGGGCCUCAGCACGAGGAGCAUCGCAACCGGCCGCUACGGGGCCCUCAGCGCCACACCGGAAACACGUGCGGGUCUGACCUUAAUAACAGAUCUGCAUAG